CUCUGCGCCUGUGCUGAAUUCCAGCUGCAAGUGUUUUGGUGAAAAUGAUGCCCAACCUGGGCAUCCUGGCCCGCCGGCCGCGGGGAGACCCGCACUGCACACGCGCAGACCGAGCGCCCACGUCAAAAGACGAAGAGAGAGCGCGCUUUCCACGUCCUGCGCGUCCGGCUGCUAGGCUUUCGUCUGUGUCCCUGACUCCCGCCGGGCCGGGCUGGAACGCCCGCUUCUGAAGAGCGAUGCCCCGGGAGAUCAUCACCUUGCAGCUGGGCCAGUGCGGCAACCAGAUUGGGUUCGAGUUCUGGAAACAGCUGUGCGCCGAGCAUGGUAUCAGCCCCGAGGGCAUCGUGGAGGAAUUCGCCACCGAGGGCACUGACCGCAAGGACGUCUUUUUCUACCAGGCCGACGAUGAGCACUACAUCCCCAGGGCUGUGCUGUUGGACCUGGAGCCCCGGGUGAUCCACUCCAUCCUCAACUCGCCCUAUGCCAAGCUCUACAACCCAGAGAACAUCUACCUGUCAGAGCACGGAGGAGGAGCUGGCAACAACUGGGCCAGUGGAUUCUCCCAGGGUGAGAAAAUCCACGAAGAUAUUUUUGACAUCAUAGACCGAGAAGCAGAUGGCAGUGACAGCCUAGAGGGCUUCGUGCUGUGUCACUCCAUCGCCGGGGGUACGGGUUCUGGCCUGGGCUCCUACCUCCUCGAGCGACUGAAUGACAGGUACCCCAAGAAGCUGGUGCAGACGUACUCAGUGUUUCCCAACCAGGACGAGAUGAGCGACGUGGUGGUCCAGCCCUACAACUCCCUGCUCACGCUCAAGCGGCUGACCCAGAACGCAGACUGUGUGGUGGUGCUGGACAACACAGCCCUGAACCGGAUCGCCACGGACCGCCUGCACAUCCAGAACCCGUCCUUCUCCCAGAUCAACCAGCUGGUGUCCACCAUCAUGUCUGCCAGCACCACCACCCUGCGCUACCCGGGCUACAUGAACAAUGACCUCAUCGGCCUCAUCGCCUCCCUCAUUCCCACACCACGGCUCCACUUCCUCAUGACUGGUUACACCCCCCUCACCACAGACCAGUCGGUGGCCAGUGUGAGGAAGACCACGGUCCUGGAUGUCAUGAGGCGGCUGCUGCAGCCCAAGAACGUGAUGGUGUCCACCGGCCGGGAUCGCCAGACCAACCACUGCUACAUCGCCAUCCUCAACAUCAUCCAGGGCGAGGUGGACCCCACUCAGGUCCACAAGAGCCUGCAGAGGAUCCGGGAACGGAAGUUGGCCAACUUCAUCCCCUGGGGCCCGGCCAGCAUCCAGGUGGCCCUGUCCAGGAAGUCUCCCUACCUGCCCUCUGCCCACCGGGUCAGCGGGCUCAUGAUGGCCAACCACACCAGCAUCUCCUCGCUCUUUGAAAGUUCUUGCCAGCAGUACGACAAGCUGCGGAAGCGGGAGGCCUUCCUGGAGCAAUUCCGCAAGGAGGACAUCUUCAAGGAGAACUUUGAUGAACUGGACAGGUCCAGGGAGGUUGUGCAGGAGCUCAUUGACGAGUACCACGCGGCCACGCGGCCAGACUACAUCUCCUGGGGCACCCAGGAGCAGUGACGUCCUCCCACGACUCCCCCUGGACCAUGAGCAUUGUUCCUAUCAUGCUGGUCGGUUCCUCUGACCCAAACUCCCCUCACCAGCAACUCUUUCAGGUGCAUCUGCAGCUCAGGAGCUACCCGUGCUCCCUCCCUUCCAUGCCCUAACCCUCGAUGUGCCUGUUUACCUCCAAUAAGAUAAUAAAGCUUGGUUGUGAAUAUAA